AUGACUUUCGACCUGGACCUGUUUAUCGGAUUACUCUAUGAUACCACGCUGUUCGAGUGUCCAACACGGGUCAGGAACUCGAAAAGAGAUCUCUUCCGUUACUUUCGCGACGACGUCGAAGUUCACACCUAUGGAUCUUACGCCUCGGGACUCUGCAGCAUGACUAGUGAUGCGGACUUCACGGCGUACUUCGAUUGUUUCACGCCAUCCAUCGACGAACUGGCUGAUACACUCAAGGAUUUAGGUUACCAGCUUGUGAUCUCGAUUCCUCACGCCCCGGGACAGCUGUUGAUCGACUUUUUUAACUUUUACGGAUACAUCUUUGACUAUGCCAGUCAGGAGGUGUACCCGUCGCUGGGCAAGAUCCAGAAACGCAGCAUUAUCCCACCAGCACGCAGUUCAACGGACAGUCGACCCAAGGAUUGGCCUAUUUGUAUUCUGGAUCCCUUUAUUACGGACAGGAACGUGGCGGGAAACUGUGGCAGGGACAAUGUGGUCAAGAUUCGGGAUAGCUUCCGAAACGUCUAUGAUGCCCUCAAGAACAUCGACAUCAAGGGGGCACUCAGACCUUGA